ACGCGCGAUUCAUGUUUGUACAUACCUUUGUACACAACGCGUUAUGUGAACGUCGAGUAGUUUUACUAGGGGAGAAUUAUUCUUGAUAGUUUUAAGUAAGAUUUACAUAAAUAUUUGUGAUAUUUGCAACCAGUCGCCCCAAGCAACGACUUUGAUUUAUUGUGUAACAAGUGUAAAUCUAGUUUGCAAAGUCCCCAAGUGCACUCUUUGUAAACAUGCUGCUGCAGAGGAAGAUUUGAGUGGGACAUUGUGAGUGAUGCUGCAGGAUCCAGCCGCUGUUUCUGUUGUGUUGCUGUGAUAGAAGAGGUGCAAUACUGAAGCCAAAAGCAGCAUGAUGCAUUAAAGGAAAGCUCAUUUAGGUUUUCAGGUCUCACCUCGUCUAUCAUGGAAUCAGAUGAGUUGCUUGCGAAGAGAGCUAAAAUCCAGAGGGAGAUUUUGGCUCUUGAGAGUACUCUGGGUGCAGACAGCAGCAUCAUAGACCUUCUGUCAUCUGACAGCAGCAGUGAUGGUGAUGAAUCUGAUGACAGUGGACCUGAAGUUGAAGGAGUGGAGCGUGAUGACUUGGAGGCAGAGCGUCUGCGGAUACAGAGGGAGAUUGAAGAGUUAGAGAAUACACUUGGUGCUAAUGCAGCACUGGCCGAUGUAUUGGAUGGGAGUGAACAUGACACUGAUUCUAGGGAUGAAGACAGUGAGGAUGAUGAUGAGUUGAAUCUUCCUCAAAAUGUGGAGAGUUGCCUGCAGAUGAAUUUAGUCUAUCAGGAGGUGUUGAAAGAGAAACUAGCUGAGCUGGAAAAACUCCUUAAAGACAAUCAACAGCAGCAGAAAGAGAUUGAGGCCCAGGUCUCCGGCCCAAGCACUUCUAGCUCCUCCGUACCAGGAAUUCCCCCUCAGAAACAAUUUCUUGGAUACUUUAUGAAGCCUUACUUCAAAGACAAACUCACUGGUCUGGGCCCUCCAGCCAAUGAAGAAACUAAAGCAAGAAUGAGUCAUGGUACCAGACACAUUGAUGACCUGAAAAUAAAAAGAUGGGAUGGUUGGCAGAAAACUUUGCUGACCGACACCGUUGCCAAAGACACCAUGAAACGGAUGCUACAACCCAAACUAUCCAAGUUGGACUAUCUUAGUGCCAAGAUGUCUAGAGCUGAUGAUGAGGGAAAAGAAGAACUGAAAAAACAAAUAGAUUUAAUCGAGAAAGAAAUUGCAGAAAUAAGUGCCCUGAGAGACGAUCAGCUGCUGGGUAAUCGCCAUGAUGAUCAUGACUGGGAGAAAAUAUCAAAUAUUGACUUUGAAGGCUUGCGGGAGGCUGAGGAUUUGAAAAGGUUCUGGCAGAACUAUUUGCACCCCUCCAUUAACAAGUCCGUAUGGAAACAGGAUGAGAUUGAUAAACUGAAAAGAAUUGUGGAAGAGUACAAUUGCUGCCAUUGGGACAAAAUCGCAGAGGCUCUUGGGACAAACAGAACGGCUUUCAUGUGCUUCCAGACUUACCAGCGCUACAUUUCAAAGGCCUUCAGAAAGAAAGAGUGGACAAAAGAGGAAGAUGAGAUCCUCAGAAAACUGGUUGAAAAAAUGAAAAUUGGCAACUUCAUUCCUUACAUACAGAUGUCAUUCUUCAUGGAAGGCCGUGAUGGAUCACAGCUGGCAUAUCGCUGGACAUCUGUUUUGGAUCCCUCUAUAAAGAAAGGCCCCUGGUCCAAAGAGGAGGACCAGUUGUUGCGGAAUGCUGUCGCAAAAUACGGAACCAAAGAAUGGGGGAAAAUCAGAUUGGAAGUCCCAGGUCGGACUGACGGUGCUUGUCGUGACAGGUAUUUGGAUUGUCUUCAGGAGAAUGUGAAAAAGGGUCCUUGGAGCGAAGAGGAGGUGGAGCUACUAAAAGAAAAGGUUGCGAAAUAUGGUGUUGGCAAAUGGACUAAGAUUGCUUCAGAGAUCCCAAACCGGAUUGACUGCCAGUGUCUAAGCAAGUGGAAAUUACUAACACAAGCUAGUAAGAGUAAAGAGCUUCGGAGUAAAGGCAUAAAAAGACAAAGGAGGACAACAACAGUGCCACGAAAAAGAAAAAGACAAAAGGCAUUGAAAACUAUUAAAAAGGAGAUGCUCUCCUCCAGUGAGGACGAAAAACAGGUAAAGUAUAUGGACAGCGAUGUUGAAUCAGAUGCUCCCUUGGUCAAAAUUCGGGAAAUACCACGAAAGGACUACAAACAGCCAGAUAUGAAGGAAUGGAUACCUGUAAAUUCAAUCCCAGGGGUUCGUUCUCUAGAAACUCUCAGGACUGUGUGGGUGCAUCCUCCGUCCAAUGAGGAGGAGCUAGAGAAAUCCACUCUAGAAUCUGGCACAGGCCGCAUUCGAUCAAAGAACAGCAAGUGUGCAAAAGUCAUCCUCUGUUUAGUGCGCAAUACCAUCCUAAACCACUUUGGAAACGUGGAAAGGUCUUAUGUAGGUUUGAAUCCUACUGUCUUGCAGAGUCAGACUGAAGAUGAGAAGGCCAUGCUCAAGGUGUCUAUGAGUGAUAUUAAACAUUUUCUGCAGUGGAAGGGAGCAUCUGUAGCUAAGAAGCAAAAUGACCUAAAGGAGAAAAUGAAAAAACAAAAAAAUGUUAAGAAAAGAAGGUCGGUUCAGGACGUUUCCAGCCUUAAUAAUGACCUCUUCAAAGCCAUCACUCCAUGGAUUGGUAAUGUGAUCCUGCCUGCUCCAGUGAAUGAAAACACAUUUUGUGAAGGUGAUAUUGUUGGAAUGAAAGCAGAAGACAUCGCUCUUCCAAAAACAUCAGUGUUUUCAUUUUUCCUCAAGGCUUUUCAAAUAGACAUCAAGGGUUGCAGGAAUGUCAUUGAAAUUCAGCAAAUCAUCAACAUUAAGAAGCCAAUUGCUCAAGCUAAACCACAAACAGUGUCAGCGAUUCUUAAGGAUGCAAAACCGAAAGCUUUGCACAAGAAACCUGCAGAACCUCCUCAACACCCACCUCCCCUGCAGCCGGUUCUUCUCAACCCUCUCCAAAUGCCAGCCAGGCAGAAGACAACCGCUACAUUGAUUCAACCCCAAACUCUUUUCAUUACACAGCCAAACAACCAGAGGGCAGUGCAGCCUUUACUAAUCAAGUCAACACCACAAGUUUUAUCACAGAUUCCUCUGCAGCUAAUACAGACAACAGCACCUGCACAAACUGUCAUGGCCUCAACCCCCAAAUCAGCAAGUACAGAGGACUCAAACAGCAACAUAUCUGCAAAACGCAGCCGCAAACCUACUGAGAAAGUCCAAGCCCUGAUGGAAGAAGCUAAAGCUAAAGGUAGUAAAAAAGAGUCACCGAAACUAAAUCAAGGCAAACAGAAUGUUGUUUUUGCAACUUUUACAUUGCAGACGCAGCCACUAAACUGGAUUCUUACCCCCACCAAAUUGGUACAAGUAACUGGUCCACUUUCUGCUAAUAUCCCAAGGAACCAGACACUAACUGUGCCAAAUAGUUCCCCCCUGAAUAACAGUAUUAGUCCAUGCAUCUCAACUAAUCUAAACCCAGCAUCAUCUGCACUGGUUGUUGCUGCUUCCUCUGUUAGUCCUACCCUUAUACAUUCUUCAGUCUCGAAUGCCUCCAGAGAUAGCCCAAAGACUUCCUCUUCUGUGAACAUUAACCCCAAUGGCAUACAGACACCUCUUUCACCUACUUCUACAUUAGUGCAGAGCAAAAGUGUGCUACAUAGUGUUCAGAUGUUAUCCCCAACACCUAUCAGAGUGAACCAGGAAGGUUCACAUGUUGAAGUGACAAAGAACUCCUCCGACUCCUCUUCUGAUGAAUCCAUUGUGAAGCAGUAUCAAACAUCUGCAUCAACUGGUUCUGGAGUAUCUCAUGCUGUUCUUCCUGUUCCCUUGACUAUGCCAUCUUUGGCUAGUUCGCCAGUCGUAUUGAAGCCAACAAAUAAUGUUGCAGUGGCAAAGUCUCCUGGUGUUAUCGUUGCUUCCUCACCUCAGAUUGUGGCUUCCUCACGUAAAAUCGUGGCUCCCUCACCUCUUAUUGUGAGUUCCUCACCUCAGAUAGUGGCUUCCUCACCUCAGAUAGUGGCUUCCUCACGUAAAAUCGUGGCUCCCUCACCUCUUAUUGUGAGUUCCUCACCUCAGAUAGUGGCUUCCUCACCUCAGAUAGUGGCUUCCUCACCUCUGAUUGUGGCUUCCUCUCCUCUGAAUAUGACUCCAUCACCUCCAAUUUUGAAUCCAUCAGCUCAUAUUGGGGCUCCAUCACGACAGAUUGUGGCUCCAUUAACUCGGAUUAUGGCCCCAUCACCUCAGAUUGUAGCUCCAUUAGGUCAGUUUGUGGCUCCAUCAACUCAGAUUGUGGCUUCAUCACCUCCAUCACCUCGGAUUAUGGCUCCACCACCUCUGAUUGCGGCUCCAUCAACUCGGAUUGCAGCUCCAUUAGUUCGGAUUGUGGGUACAUCACCUCAGAUUAUGGAUCCAUCACUGCAGAUUGUGGCUCCACCACCUCGGAUUAUGGCUCCAUCACCUCCUUCACCUCGUAUUAUGCCUCAACCACCUCAGAUUGUGGCUCCAUCACCUCACAUUAUGGCCGCAUCAGCUCGGGUUGGGGCUCCAUCACCUCAGAUUGUUGCUCCAUCACUUCAGAUUGUGGCUCCAUCAGUUCGGGUUGUGGCUCCACCACCUCAGACACCUCCAUCAACUCGGAUUGCAGCCCCAUCAGUUCAGAUUGCAGCUCCAUCACCUCAGAUUGUGGCUCCAACACCUCGCAUUUUGGCUCCACCACCUCGUAUUAUUGCUCCAUCACUUCAGAUUGUGGCUCCAACACCUCGUAUUAUGGCUCCAUCUACUCGGAUUGCUGCCCCAUCAGUUCAGAUUGUGGCUCCAUCAACUCGGAUUGCAGCCCCAUCAGUUCAGAUUGUGGCUCCAUCACUUCAGAUUGCGGCUCCACCAACUCGGACAGUAGCUCAAUCAGAAAUACCUCAAAUCAGAACAUUAAGUGAACCAUUGCUCCCUCUUCCUGAUAUUUCCUCUGAUGUUGUUAGCUUUAAUCCUCACCUGAUAUUCCCUGAGCAGUCAUCUGAAGUAGAUGACUGGAUGAAUGGAAAAGAUGGCAUUCCACUACCUCAUUUAGAGAUGUCUUUGCCUUACCUUCCACCAUCAGCCGCCAGCAUCAAAACACUGACUUCUCUGCUCAAAGUAAAACAAUCUCUGCUUGCAGCUGCAGUGAAUAUCCUGCCAGUUGAGUAUCAAAACUAUAGAGAGGAAGAAGCUCAAGUAGCUGCUAUCCGCAAAAUGAUUGCCGAAAGGUUUGCCUCAAAUCCGGCGUAUCAGCUUUUGAAGGCUCGUUUCUUGUCGUGCUUUACUUUGCCAGCCCUUUUGGCCACUAUAAACCCUUCUGUGAAAUGUGAGCUGCCCACAGAUAACAAUGGUGAUGAAGAUGAGGUCUUGUUUUUACAAAAGAUAAAAAAAAGGACUCGGCCACCAUCUGCAAGGAUCGAGCUUAACACAAAUGAAAAUGAAGCAUCAGCAAAACAGUUCUCAGGAAUUAGUACAAAAAGGCAAAGGAGUCAACAUUGAGUUACAUAAGAUUGAUCAUCUGAAUGAGUACCAGUAACUUGUAUACCACAAAAAAAAAAAAAAUCAAUAUUACAGUUAAAGGAACCUCUCAGAUAUUCAUUGCUCUGAUUUUGUUUACUCCAUCCAUAUGUUCUAAGAACAUUCAGUAUGUGUCCUGACAAUUUUUUGGAUAUAAAAUGAUAAACAGACAAGACUCGGAAGUUUGCACUGAGCUACUAUUAAAUUAUCAUAUACAUUCAUUUUGUUACUGCUUUUUAAAUAAUAGAAAUCUGAAAUGUUUUUGUGCAUUUGUAUUAUAAGCAUUUGCAUUUUGUUAUGCUUUUAUAUUAUGUGAUCAAAAUGUACAACCACCCCACCAGAAUCUAAAGGUUUGUGAAUAAAAAAAAAAACAUGAUUUUAUAAUAAAACAAUUACAUUCAGUA